AUGCCCAAGCGAACAAAUAUAUUUUACAAGAUGGCGGUUUUAGCGGCUCCGGAUCAUACAGAAGUGAAGCAGGGAGGCGAUAUAACAUACCUGGACAUGGUGGACGAGAGGAAAUCACUUGGAGAAUCUCAAAUACAAAAACUCUUUGCUGGUUCUACUAUAUUUUUGACGGGCGGCACCGGUUUCCUCGGCAAGCUGUUGGUUGAGAAACUAUUAAGAUCAUGCCCGGAUAUAAAGAAACUGUACUUGCUCGCCAGGCCAAAGAAAAACAAGGAUAUCAUAAAACGGCUGCAAGAACAAUUUGACGAUGUUUUAUAUGACAAGUUAAGGAAGGAGUAUCCAAACUUUAUCGAAAAAAUCAGCAUUAUAGAAGGAGAUGUUGGCCAACUGAACCUUGGCAUCAGCCACGAAGACAGAGUGAAAUUAAUAAAAGAGGUUGAAUUCAUUUUCCAUGGUGCAGCAACAGUGCGCUUCGAUGAAGCUCUCAAGACUGCAGUAGAAAUUAACGUCAGGGGCACCAGAGAGGUUUUGGCUUUGGCCCGCGGUUGCUCGAAACUGAAAGCUAUGGUUCAUAUUUCCACCGCAUAUAGCAAUUGUCCUUUAAGAGAAAUAGAUGAAAAGUUCUAUGAAAGUCCUUUAAAUGGAGAAAAACUGAUUGACCUCGUUGAGAAUAUGGAUGAGAAAAUCAUUAAUAACAUUACACCUGGUUUACUUGGGGAUUUCCCGAACACCUAUGCAUACACAAAAUCAGCUGCAGAAGAUAUAGUACAGCGUUAUUCCAAAGGAUUACCAGUAGCUUUGUUUAGGCCUUCUAUAGUUAUUGGUACAUCCAAAGAGCCUGUAGCAGGAUGGAUCGACAACGUAUAUGGACCUACUGGGGUGGUUGUUGGAGCAGCAGUGGGUCUUCUCCACGUGCUCAACUGCGAUCCGAAAGCAAUAGCUGAUUUAGUUCCGGGAGAUAUGGUAGUAAACGCGUGUAUAGCUACCGCUUGGCGAACGGCACGAGACUAUCCUGGGAACCAUGAAGAUGCACCGCCAGUAGACCAGCCGCCGCCCAUUUAUAACUUUGUGUCCUCGGAACAACAGCCUUUGACUUGGAGAAAUUUCAUGAAAUACAACGAAAUAUACGGACUUCAUGUUCCAACCACACAAGCCGUAUGGUAUUACAUAUUCUAUCUUACCCCGUCAAAGUUCUUGUACAAUUUCAUCGGUUUCUUUCUUCAUUGGAUACCUGCCUAUGUUAUCGACGCAAUUGCAAUGUUGAUUGGAAGGAAACCAAUGUUAAGAAAAGCCUAUAAGAAAAUCGAAAAAUUUGCCUCAGUUAUCGGAUACUUUGCACUACGAGAUUGGAAAUUCCAUAAUGGGAACGUUCAAUUAUUACACAAAGAAUUGUGCUUAGCUGACAAACAUUUAUUCGAUUUCGAUAUCUCACAACUGGACUGGAAUGAAUACAUUUCAAAUUACUGUUGCAAGAUUUUUACUAUGUGUUUUACGGGUAAUUUCAUGAAAGCACCUAUACAUCAAUCAACACGAAAUGGACGAAAGAUGUAUCAGAAUCCGAAAUUUGAUGAAAAAACAGGUCUUGAAUCAGUGUCACCAUGUGCUGUGGGGCUACUUUUUUAUGUUGUAAUUAAUAACACUUCUGAAAAAGACUAUGAGGUUGAAUUAUCACCAAAACAGUGCUGCCUAAGAUCUGACUCAAAUUUAGACUGUGAUACUAUAGAUAUAAUAGGCAAUUGCAAGGAAAGUAUACUGAAAGGUACUACAAAAGCACUGAAGCUCGUCGCUCCAGUUUUAGAUCCUUUUGAACGUCUUGGAUAUUGUAUUGCUUAUUUUGAUUCCAAAUUAAGAAAUAAUGCACACAAGAGUAUUAAAAGGAACACCGUUAAAAUUGAUUUUGAUACAAGAGUAGAUAAUAAGAAGCAGUCCAUGGAAAUACCUGAUAAUAUUAAGAAAUGUAAGAAUGUUGAUCAAGAUCCAUUUAAUAAUUGUAAACCGGUUCGGUGUGAAAUCCAUUAUAACGGUAGAAAACCUUUUUAUAGUAAAAAUCAUAAAAGAUGUUUAGAAGUUCCCACAUGCUUUUCGGAGCUUGAAUCUGAAUUACCAGUUGCUAUUUAUAAUCCUAUUUCAAAUAAUUGCAUUCGAGGUAGAUCAAUUUUGAAAGAUGAUAUAGAAUUUAUAAAGAGUUCAGAAAAUCCUAAAUGCAAAAAUGACAUCUUUGAAAUAAAUGAUUUACGUUUACCGACUGUUAACAAAAGUGACCUUGAACAUGUUACAGGACAUAAUGUUAAUAAUAAUCAGUAUAUAAAUGAUGAUCUAGAACCAAAAAGACCUAUAAAACUUAGAAAUUUAGCUAAUGCAUCUUUGACGACCCCAUUAAUUUGCAGUAAUACAGAUAGUGAGACUACAGACUGUCAAUACUUAAGUGGAUCCUCUAACAAUAAUGACAAAAAAAAUAUUUCUUACAAAUCUUGUCAAAGAGGAAGAAGUAAUGACAUGAAAAUAAAUAUGUCUGACGACAUUCUUUCAAAGUGUAUAACGAGGAGAGAUUGGAUAGAAAACAAAUAUAAAAAAUCUGAAGCAGCACGCGAAAACUCCCUUAUCGAUGAGACAAAAAACAGUUAUACAGAUGUAAUAGGAUUUGAUAUCGAUAAAUCAAAGGAAAAUGAUUUUCAUAAAAUUAUCUCGUCUACACGAAAAUCAAGUGAAGCUAAAGUUAUCUUUGAAGAUGAAAGAUAUUCAAAAUAUGGUAAUAAUAAAAAGAAAGAUAGAAUGUUCAAAAAUAUUGUUCAAAAAGUUGACUGCAAAUGCAAUAGAGGUCAAAAAAAGCAUAUCAAAAAAGAAUGCAGUUUAUCGGAAAAAGAAAUUAGAUGCCAUAGUUAUGAAUGCUUAUAUAUUAAUAACACAAGUGAAAGUAAUAAACGAAAUUCAACUGACAAUAUCAAAUUUGAUGAAGCCAUUAAUAAUAAGAAAGGUGCAGUAUCGCUAUCUAGUGAGAAAGGAGCGCAAGUAUAUUUCUCCAAUGAUUCCAUUGAUGAUUUUUUAUCACAAAGGGGUAUGAGGUUUCUAGCUGGCGAUGAAAUCUCUAAAUAUACAUUUUCCUAUACUACUAACCAUACUAAACCGCCAUUACCGUCAGAAAUUUCGAGUAAAUCAUCGAAACACAACAUGAUAAAAAAUAUGUUAACCUCAUUGCAAAGUCGUUCUAAGCAUGGUAUAUCAUCAGACCCUGGAAUUGCAACGAAUGACAACUUAGAUGUUGAACUAAUGUUCCACUCAACUGUAUUUACUUCGAGCAAUGAUUCUGAUUGUUUAAAAGAAUUUAGGAAACCACAGGACUCUAGAACUUCUUUGUAA